AUGACGAUCGCAUGUCAGCCUCAAUCUGGACCCUGGCUGGCAAGAGAGAGCACGUGCUUGUCAGUGGCUGGCAAGAGAGAGCAGGUGCUUGUCAGUGGCUGGCAAGAGAGAGCACGUGCUAGUCAGUGGCUGGUAAGAGACAGCAGUGCAUGUGAGUGGCUGGUAAGAGACAGCCAGCACUUGUCAGUGGCUGGUAAGAGACAGCCAGCACUUGUCAGUGGCUGUUACACUGGCGAUCACUGUGAGAACACCCUCCCUUGUCCAGUGUGUCAGAACGGUGGGGAAUGUGAGGGAGGUAUAUGCCGAUGUCCCUCAGCGUUUUCCGGCUUGACAUGCCAGGAAGAUGUGAAUGAAUGUGCCCAGACGACUCCACCAUGUGAGCCCUAUGGAAAGUGCCAGAACACCUAUGGAGGCUACACAUGUACUUGCAUAACAGGUGCCACGGGUGCAGAGUGUGAUUCGCUUCUCGACCCCUGUUUGAGUGGGCCGUGCCUGUUUGGAGGGACCUGCCAUGUGGGUGUGGAGGGGUUUACCUGUAGCUGUGUGGAUGGCUUCAUUGGGGACAGGUGUGAGGCCGUGGUCAGGAGCUGUAUCAAAGACCCAUGUGGACAGAACGCUUUGUGUGUGGACAAUCCUACAGGUGGCUAUACAUGUUACUGCAAGCCUGGUUACCAUGGUGAGCAAUGCCAAUCAGACAUAGAUGAAUGUGCCUCCUCGCCAUGUCGUAACGGGGGAACAUGUUACAAUGACAUCGAUGCCUUUAACUGCACAUGUACACCAGGGUACUCUGGUCCUCGCUGUGAGAUUGACGUAAAUGAGUGUGACAGUAAUCCUUGUAAGAAUGGAGCGACCUGUUCUGACAUAACCCUCAACAGCUUCCAGUGUCUCUGUGCCCCAGGGUACUCCGGAACAACCUGUGAGACAGACAUCGAUGAUUGUAGACCUGAACUCUGUCAGGACUACCAAGUCUGUGUGGAUGAUGUGAACAAAUACAGGUGCGAGUGCCCUGCAGGCAUGACAGGAAGUAAAUGUGAGACACAUAUUGAUGAUUGCCAUAGCAACCCUUGUCUAAAUGAUGGGACAUGUGUAGAUGAAGGUGACCGAUUUGUGUGUCGGUGUUUGGAUGCAUAUGCAGGUCUACUGUGUGAGAUACGUACAGACUACUGCGACCCAUCACCUUGUCUUCAUGGGGCCACUUGUGUAGGGAACCUAACCACUCCCCCAUUCUAUACCUGUCAGUGCCCACCAGGUUUCCUUGGAGAUACAUGCGAAGGUGAUGUGUAUGAGUGUAGUUCAGACCCAUGUCAAAAUAGAGGAACAUGUGUGGAAUUUACAGAUGGUCGAGCAGGGUAUACUUGUUCCUGUGUUACUGGGUACACAGGACAGAUGUGCGAGACUGAGGUCAGCACAUGUGUUCUCACCUGUCUAAAUGGAGGAACAUGUAACAGCACCUCCAAAGGUGAGAGGUGUGAGUGUCCACCAGGUUGGACAGGUAGUACAUGUGAAGCAGACAUAAAGGAGUGUUUGGACCCUCUGAACUGUCAGAAUGGUGCCACAUGUGUGGACCUGCCAGGCAGCUUCCUAUGUGUAUGUGGGGAUUUCUGGGAAGGGACCCACUGUGAGACUGACGUGAAGGAGUGUGACAAGACACACUGUCAGAACAAUGGUACAUGUCAGGAAACACUUGGGGGUCCACCAUUGUGUAGCUGUUACACAGGAACAACUGGACAGCUCUGUGAAACUGUUGUGGAUGCUUGUAACCCAUCACCCUGUCAGCAUGGCUCUACCUGUAGUAAUGUGGCAGGGAACUUUACCUGUACCUGUACACCUGGAUUUACAGGACAACUAUGUGACCUUGACAUCGACGAGUGCCUAGAUCAACCCUGUGAAAACAAUGCCACCUGCCAUGACCUUGUCAAUGACUUCAUGUGCAUCUGUGAACCAGGGUUCACAGGAGUUAAUUGUUCAGUAAAUUAUAAUGAUUGUGACCCUGACCCCUGUCGUCAAGGCAGCACCUGUGUUGAUGGGGUUAAUAAGUACACCUGUACUUGUCAGCCAGGAUAUACAGGUACCACAUGUGGUGUGGAGAUCAAUGAGUGUGGUGCUGACCCUUGUGUUAACAAUGCUACCUGUAUGGAUGGGAACAAUAGUUUCACCUGUCACUGUCUACCUGGAUUUACAGGGCUUACAUGUGAAGUAGAUAUUGAUGACUGUAUUGGAAAUCCAUGUUAUGGUAGUGCCACCUGUCAGGACGAAGUCAAUAGUUACUCCUGCCUGUGUCCACCAGGGUUUACAGGUAAAACAUGCAAGGAAGAUAUAAAAGAGUGUUUCCCAUCACCAUGCCAACAUGGUGGUACCUGCACAGAGCCAGGAGUCAAUCAGUUCCAAUGUGAGUGUCCAAAGGGUGUAUCUGGAGACACCUGUCAGUUUGUUCACUUUGCAACAUUUGACAGUCAAAGCUACGUUCAGUUACCUUCCUUGUAUUCCCUGGUCAGCACAGGACAGAGGAAGAAGCGAUCAGUGGAUAAUGUGACAAUAGUCUUGUCUUUCAUCACAUCCGUACCAUCAGGGGUCCUUUUGUUAACAUCAGGAAUAAAUAGUGAUGGCAGUUACCAGCAUGUGAGCUUAGAACUGAUGGAGAAGACUGUAAUAGUUUCAUUAAACAUUGGUGAUGAGACGAAGACAGGUCAUAUCCCACUUCCCUCCCCUAUUUUGGGGGUUUACAACCACACACUCCAGGUGUCACUAGCAUCACCCAUCACAAAUAUCACUCUUGAUCCUAAUAGUUGUUAUGACACCAGAAUAUGCCAACUGUCACUGAAAGUCACAGAUUCUGACAAAAGAUGGCUGCUGGAAGACUUUCUGUAUGUGGGGGGUUUUCCAACUCUCACCCCAUACCAGCGUAGCAAGAUCACCAUACCACAAGGAUUUGUGGGUUGUCAAGGGGAUUUGGUCAUCAGUGGGAAUAAAAUCAGCUUGAUGUCAUCGAAUUUGUCAUCUGUUCUUCCAUUGGCUGGCUGCGCAACACACAACUACUGUUCACCAGAUUACUGUCAGAAUGGCGGCAUAUGUCACGACGCCUGGAAUCGACGCUAUUGUGAUUGCCCUGUUGGAUUUGAUCAUAGUGUCUGUCAGCACCAGAAUGAAGCUCACUUUGUUCUGACUUCUAUGCUACAUUUUGCUGGGAUCCAGGAGAUCACACAGAUGUCCCUAAGGGUGUCAGCCAUUAGUUCCUCUGGUGUUAUAGCCUACACGCUGGGGUUUGAAUCCAUGGCCUUGAUACUAGAUAAAGGACAGCUGAGGCUGCAAAUCCUGGCUUCAAAUUCUGAGUAUUUGAGUCAAGUUGGAGAGAACUUAGACCAUGGUGAUUGGUUCUAUAUAAAUAUGAGGCUGGGAGCAGGCCAGUAUAGACUUCAAGUUUCCAGCAAUAGCAAUGGAGUUGUAGGGACCUCCAGUGGAACUGUCGGUAAUUUCCUGACCAUUCAGAUGCCAGUGUUUUUUGGUCGACUGCAUGACCAUCCAGGUGCAAACAAGUGGCGAGUGAGGGAAACACCACUUCCUACAUAUGAGAGUUUUAACGGCUGCAUCAAAGAUUUGAUCAUCAACAAUCACCAAGUAGACCUCCAGACAAGCCAAACUUCCAUAUUUGGUAAUGAUCCACCCAUGGCUACACCGGGGUGCCCCAGAGAAGGUGUGUGUCGACCAUCACCCUGUCAGAACAAUGGUGCUUGUAAUGGUGGGUGGAAUGGCCAUUCUUGUACCUGUCCUGCCAACUACCAAGGAUAUAACUGUACAGAAGUUGCUGCAGCAUCGUUUAAUGGCCUAAACAGCUAUGCCCAUCUCCAACUUGAUCGCAAGAAAUUACCUUUUGGGGAUGAAGGGACGUUAGACUUUAAGACCAGACAGCACACAUCAACCAUGAUGUAUAUUCAGUUUCUGUCCAAUAAUGGUCAGAUUCUAGGCAGUCUGGAGUUUAGGCUGUUCAGACAAGCUCUACAAGUUGUGGCAGGAUUUGAAGGUCAAGAAAAUGUUUUAGAGUUUCCGGUCAUCAUCUCCGAUGCCAUAUUUCAUCAUGUCCAGUGGAGGAGACAAGGUUCUGACAUCGUUGUGGCAAUGGAUGGGCUGUCGCAGGUCCUCAACACAUCAUUUAACCCCUUCAGAGCUGAUUUUGUUCCAAUCAUUGAAGUUUACAUCGGAGCUAAACCAUUUCGGCAAGGGUCUAUCUACCUGAUUGGCUAUUUCCUGGGCUGUCUCCGAGACAUAAGUUUUAAUGGGAAAUCACUGGACUAUAUUGACGGUAGUGAUCUCAGCACUGGUCUGGUUGUCGUUGGGAUUUAUAAGGUGGAAUUAGGUUGUCACGGAAAUGACGUUUGUAACCCUGACCCCUGUCCAAUAAACGCAGCCUGUACAGACAUCUGGAAUUCCUAUGAGUGUCCAUGUCUGCCUGGAUGGUAUGACCUUGAUUGUUCUACGAGUGUAGACGAUUGUGUUGACAACCAGUGCAAAAAUGGAGCUUCCUGCAUAGAUGGUCAUAUGACCUACAAGUGCCAGUGUGUUGAAGGCUAUACAGGGCUGUACUGUGAAUCAGUGAAGAUGAUGUGUGAGGAGAACUACUGUGUUCCCGGUAACACAGUUAACUGUACAGAUAUAUUUCCCUCUAACUACUCCUGUCUGUGUCUGCCAGGUUGGUCAGGGAAAAAUUGCUCUCAUGACAUCGAUGAGUGUGCUAAUCAUCCAUGUCAAAAUAGAGCUUCGUGUCUGGACCUCAUCAAUGGUUACAAAUGUGUUUGUCCCACAGACUACUUUGGUGAGAUGUGUGAGUAUAAAUACAUUUGUGCUUCAAACCCCUGUUUCAAUGGGGGCACCUGUCUUCCUCAUCCAGACAACGGAGAUUACAACUGUUCCUGUCUACAACAGUAUACAGGAAGGCAAUGUCAAAACUUCAACUUCUGUAUGAAUCAUGACUGUCAAAAUAAUGCUUCCUGCGUUUCCAAGGAAACUGCGUAUGAAUGUCACUGUAUGUCACAACAUUAUGGUGCUUUCUGUCAGUUCACAAACUUCUGUGUGGACAAGCCUUGUGAGAAUGGUGGGGAAUGUAUCAACGAUAAAACCUCUCACUUGUGCAGGUGUGGCAAGCAUUAUACAGGUACAAACUGUGAACUCGCCAUUGAUAAGUGUGAGAUCAAUCGAUGUCAAAAUGGUGGUUCUUGUUUUUAUAACUCAUCACUUCCAGAGACAGAUUAUUUAUGUGUAUGCAUGGAAGGGUUCAGUGGUUUUCAUUGUGAAACAGAUAUUAACGAGUGUCUGUCUGAUCCAUGUUUAAAUGGUGCCACCUGUGUGGAGAGUUCACAAUCUCCUUUUAAUUUCUAUUCGGGCUUCCAUUGCAACUGCCAGCCAGGUUACUAUGGUGAACAGUGUCAAAAUGAGACAGAUGAGUGUUCCAGCACGCCUUGUGUAAACAAUGGUACCUGUGUGGAUUUGGUGGAUGAGUAUAAGUGUAAUUGUGCUGAAGGAUUUCAGGGCCAGCACUGUGAACAGGACAGACGGGGUUGUACAUCAAGUCCUUGCCAACAUGGUGCUCAGUGUCAGGCGAUUGAUCUUAACGGUACUUACAAGUGUGAGUGUGUGACAGGGUACAGAGGAGUUCACUGUGAGGCAAACAUUGAUGAAUGUGUAAACAACAGUUGUCAGCAUGGAGCCACUUGUGUUGAUGGCAUUGGGGGAUACAAGUGUAUCUGUCGUCCUGGAUACAGUGGCAUAUACUGUGAUGACAUUGUUGAUUCCUGCUUCAGCAGUCCGUGUGCUAACAAUGGACUUUGUCGCUACCAAGGGCUGUGUGACUGUACUGACGUUGUGGAUUACUGUGGCUGGCACAACGAAACCUGUCAGCGCCUCCUUUGUGACAACCGUGUGGAGUGUACCACCUAUGCUACCUCCUACAAAUGUGUUUGUGACGGAAGUGGUUACCGUGGUGACACGUGUCAGGAGGACGUUAAUGAGUGUGAAAACCCAUCUUCAUGUGAACAUGGUGGACAAUGUGAUAACACCAUGGGUAAUUACACAUGUAACUGUGUGGACACUGGGUUCACAGGUCAACGUUGUGACCAAGAUGUGGACGAAUGUGAUGGUGUUAAUCCAUGUUUUAAUGAAGGUCGUUGUCUGAACUUCAUUGGCUCAUUCCGCUGUAUCUGCCCAGCUGGCUGGACAGGACAAACUUGCGGUCAAAACAUUGAUGAUUGUGUCAGUCAACCAUGUAAAAAUGGCGGCCUGUGUGAGGACCGUAUCAACAGCUACAUCUGCGACUGCAAAAAUACCGGUUUCCAAGGCAACACCUGUGAAUAUCCAAUCAAUGAUUGUCUCGUUAACCCAUGUCAAAACAAUGGCCAGUGUAUGGAUAAGAUAAAUGGAUACACAUGUGACUGCAGUGGUACUGGUUACCAUGGUGACCGUUGUGAGUUGAUGACUGAUGAGUGUGCUUCGGUGCCCUGCAGAAAUAAUGGAACAUGCGUGGACGAACGGGAGUCAUUCACUUGCAUCUGUUCAGGAACAGGUUACAGUGGCACUCUCUGUGAUAUCGACAUCAAUGAGUGUGAGACUGACCACCAAUGUAUGGGUAGUGCAACAUGUGCCAACAAAGAUGGAGGAUAUGAGUGUGUCUGUGCAGACACACAUACAGGUACAUACUGUGAGACACAAUUGUCUGUAACUGCUCUGGAGGAUGGCAGUGGGGGAGUUGUUGCUGCCUCUGUCAUUAUCAUCAUCAUUCUCAUUGCACUUGUCCUUGGAUAUAUUGCGUGGUAUAUGAAGAAGAGUAGGAAAAUGCAUGGACGUUAUCGACCAUCGGAAGAGGAGAAUUCCGUUAACACUUCCAUACCUCUGGAAAAAAUGUUAGAUGUGACAACAGGAGAACGACUUAUUUAA